AUGUACCUAUCCUAUGCAGAAGAAGGGAAAAACGCAAACCCGCAACAUUCGAUUUGCUGCGUGGGGAGAAAGAGUGUGAGAACUGAGUUUCCAAGCAUCGUCAGACCGCCCAACCCUGCAUACUUUGUGCCCCCUGUCAACGCACGAGGUCAGGUAGAGAGAACACAGUCGGACCAACCCCACCACUCCGCUUGUUCCUCCAAUCCCCUCUUCAAGAGUCUCUUCUCUUCCCCCUCCUAUUCGAAUUUCCUGCCUGCAGCAUUGCUUCUCUUUCAACUGGUCAUAUUCCCAUUGGUUUUUCAGUUUCCUCCUUUUCAAAGGCUGCAUACGGUGGCAUCAAGUGCUGCUUUGCUUCUCCUGGAAGUCAUCAAGAAAGGCAGUAAACAGAACGAAACGAAACGACGAAUCCGCUGUCACAGGGCAGGUGGGACCAGGCGGGAAAAAAAAAGAACAAAAUCACACCAAUUCAUCUCGGCAUCUCCUCCAUCAUCUUUCCCUCUUCAUCCAGAAUCUGUACCUCAAAAUCUCCAAAAUCUCCAAAAUCUCUCCAACCUCUUCUACAUAAUCAUGUCUUCUACCGUUGAACCCACGGAUUCCACCGAGAAGCCUAUCCUCGAACCAAUCUCUACAUCUACCGAUUUCUAUUCAACAGAGGUUACAGAAAACCAAUCAAAAUCACAUAAUGCCAAGAAUAUUGGCACAACUACGCCGGAGGUUGAGGGAGAGGAGCAACAGAUGAUCGCGGCCGUAGAUGACUAUCCUACAACACCCGUAUCAGCAACAGAUCCUAAAUCCGAUUCCGUAUUACGGUUGACAGAAACCCCAGAGACAAAGACAGAAGAGGCGCCACUACCCCCAUCUUCAUCAGUAGAACCGUCGCCCUCUAUAAGCUUGAAGGAAGCUCAAGAGAAGGCUCUUCCGGAAGAAACUGCCUUGGAAAAGGUAGAGGUAGAAGAGGGUCAGAAGUCACAGCAAGAGACAACAGGGUCAUCCCUCGAAGUUGGAGAUGAAACUUCUAGCAAUAAAGAGCACAAUGAAGGAGACCCGGAAACCUCAGAAACCCGGACGCCAUUAGAAACAACAGAUCGACCACAAACUGAGGAACCUCCAAACACAGAGGUGCAGGGGGAACCACUUUCAGUUGAUGCUAAAUCUGAGAGUCUCGACGUCGAUACACGGGAACAUAGCGAGAAGGAUAUUCCGGAAGUGGUUGUGGAGCUGACCGCUGAAAAUCAACCAAGCCAUGGUGACGACCUUGGGCCAGAUUCUACACCUGGACAGAAGGAAGCAUUCGAGAAGCGCAAAGCUGAUGCCGAAGCUGAUGUUCCUCUUGUCGUCGAAGAACCCUCAGAUGCUAAAGUUAUUCCAAACGAAGAUAACGCCGUCGAGUCGACAGAAGCAGAGAAGAAGGGCGAUCUUCCCACCACAGAAGAAGAGGAUGAACGAGAAAGGCAGGCGGAGGCCGAAAAAGUUGCUGCUGCUGAGUUAGCCAGUAUCAAGGCUAAAGAGCAGGCCGAAGCCGAACGCCUGCGGCUCGUCGAGGAAGAAAAUGAGCGCGAAAGACUUGCGGCGAUCGAAGCCGCCCGGGUUAAGGCGAAAGAGGAGGAGGAGGCAGCUCGAAUUAAGGCCGCAGAAGAGGAAGCCGCUCGCGUGAAAGCUGAACAGGAGGCUGAAGCUGCCAGGGUGAAGGCCGAGGAAGAAGAAGCCGCCCGCGUCAAGGCCGAAGAAGAGGAAGCAGCCCGCAUCAAAGCAGAACAGGAGGCCGAAGCCGCCCGCAUCAAAGCUGAGGAGGAGGCCGAAGCCGCCCGAAUCAAGGCGGAAGAGGAGGAGGCAGCCCGCAUCAAGGCAGAACAGGAGGCCGAAGCUGCUCGAAUCAAAGCCGAGGAGGAAGAGGCAGCCCGUCUGAAAGCAGAGCAGGAGGAAGCCGCCCGCAUCAAGGCGGAAGAGGAGGAGGCAGCCCACAUCAAGGCAGAACAGGAGGCCGAAGCUGCUCGAAUCAAAGCCGAGGAGGAAGAGGCAGCCCGAAUCAAGGCUGAAGAAGAGGAAGCAGCACGCAUCAAAGCAGAACAGGAGGCCGCCCGUAUCAAGGCGGAGGAAGAGGAAGCAGCCCGAAUCAAGGCGGAAGAAGAGGAGGCAGCUCGCAUCAAAGCAGAACAGGAGGCCGAAGCCGCCCGCAUCAAAGCCGAGGAGGAAGAGGCAGCCCGUCUGAAAGCAGAGCAGGAGGAAGCCGCCCGCAUCAAGGCCGAAGAAGAGGAAGCAGCACGCAUCAAAGCAGAACAGGAGGCCGAAGCCGCCCGCAUCAAAGCCGAGGAGGAAGAGGCAGCCCGUCUGAAAGCAGAGCAGGAGGAAGCCGCCCGCAUCAAGGCCGAAGAAGAGGAAGCAGCACGCAUCAAAGCAGAACAGGAGGCCGAAGCCGCCCGCAUCAAAGCCGAGGAGGAAGAGGCAGCCCGUCUGAAAGCAGAGCAGGAGGAAGCCGCCCGCAUCAAGGCCGAAGAGGAGGAGGCAGCCCGCAUCAAGGCAGAACAGGAGGCCGAAGCUGCUCGAAUCAAAGCCGAGGAGGAAGAGGCAGCCCGAAUCAAGGCUGAAGAAGAGGAAGCAGCACGCAUCAAAGCAGAACAGGAGGCCGCCCGUAUCAAGGCGGAGGAAGAGGAAGCAGCCCGAAUCAAGGCGGAAGAAGAGGAGGCAGCUCGCAUCAAAGCAGAACAGGAGGCCGAAGCCGCCCGCAUCAAAGCUGAGGAGGAGGCCGAAGCCGCCCGCAUCAAAGCCGAGGAGGAAGAGGCAGCCCGUCUGAAAGCAGAGCAGGAGGAAGCCGCCCGCAUCAAAGCCGAGGAGGAAGAGGCAGCCCGUCUGAAAGCAGAGCAGGAGGAAGCCGCCCGCAUCAAAGCCGAGGAGGAAGAGGCAGCCCAUCUGAAAGCAGAGCAGGAGGAAGCCGCCCGCAUCAAGGCCGAAGAGGAGGAGGCAGCCCGCAUCAAGGCAGAACAGGAGGAAGCCGCCCGCAUCAAGGCCGAAGAGGAGGAGGCAGCCCGCAUCAAGGCAGAACAGGAGGCCGAAGCUGCUCGAAUCAAAGCCGAGGAGGAAGAGGCAGCCCGAAUCAAGGCCGAAGAGGAGGAGACAGCCCGUAUUAAGGCCGAAGAGGAAGAGGCAGCCAGAAUCAAAGCCGAAGAGGAAGAAGCAGCACGCAUCAAAGCAGAACAGGAGGCCGAAGCCGCUCGAAUUAAGGCCGAGGAGGAGGAGGAAGCCGCCCGCAUCAAGGCUGAGGAAGAAGCUGCCCGUAUUAAAGCCGAGGAGGAAGCAGCCCGCAUUAAGGCCGAAGAGGAGGCAGCCCGAAUCAAGGCUGAGGAAGAAGCUGCUCGUCUCAAAGCAGAACAGGAGGCCGAAGCUGCUCGAAUCAAAGCCGAGGAGGAAGAGGCAGCCCGAAUCAAGGCCGAAGAGGAGGAGACAGCCCGUAUUAAGGCCGAAGAGGAAGAGGCAGCCAGAAUCAAAGCCGAAGAGGAGGAAGCAGCACGCAUCAAAGCAGAACAGGAGGCCGAAGCCGCUCGAAUUAAGGCCGAGGAGGAGGAGGAAGCCGCCCGCAUCAAGGCUGAGGAAGAAGCUGCCCGUAUUAAAGCCGAGGAGGAAGCAGCCCGCAUUAAGGCCGAAGAGGAGGCAGCCCGAAUCAAGGCCGAGGAAGAAGAGGCAGCCCGAAUCAAGGCCGAGGAGGAAGCUGCUCGUCUGAAAGCAGAACAGGAAGCCGAAGCCGCCCGUAUUAAGGCCGAGGAGGAGGAAGCCGCCCGCAUCAAAGCUGAACAGGAAGCCGAAGCAGCUCGUCUAAAAGCAGAAGAGGAGGCUGAAGCAGCCCGCAUCAAGGCUGAGGAAGAAGCUGCCCGUAUUAAAGCCGAGGAGGAAGCAGCCCGCAUUAAGGCCGAAGAGGAAGCCGAAGCAGCUCGCAUCAGGGCUGAGGAAGAGGAGGCAGCCAGAAUUAAAGCCGAAGAGGAAGCCGCGCGAAUUAAAGCAGAAGAAGAAGCCGAAGAGGCUCGUCGCAAAGCAGAAGAAGAGUCAGCUAGAAUCAAGGCCGAAGAAGAGGAAGCUGCGCGCAUCAAGGCAGAGGAGGAAGCUGCCCGCCUUAAAGCAGAACAGGAAGCCGAAGCUGCUCGAAUCAAAGCCGAGGAAGAGGAGGCAGCCCGCAUCAAGGCCGAAGAGGAGGAGACAGCCCGUAUUAAGGCCGAAGAGGAAGAGGCAGCCAGAAUCAAAGCCGAAGAGGAGGAACGUGAGAGGCUUGCUGCCGCCGAAGCUGCUAGGAUCAAAGCUGAAGAGGAGGAAGCCGCACGCAUCAAGGCUGAGCAGGAAGCCGAAGCCGCUCGUGUCAAAGCAGAAGCCGAAGCAGCAGCUGAAGCCGAGCGCCUGCGGCUUAUCGAAGAGGAGCAGGAGCGAGAGAGGCUUGCUGCUAUUGAAGCUGCUAGGAUCAAAGCUGAAGAAGAGGAAGCUGCCCGUAUCAAGGCCAAAGAAGAAGCCGAAGCAGCCCGCCUCAAAGCAGAGGAAGAAGCAGCCAAAAUCAAGGCCGAACAAGAAGCUGAAGAAGCACGCCUAAAGGCUGAGGGGGAAGAGCGCGAGAGGCUUGCUGCCGCAGAAGCAGCCCAUAUCAAGGCUGAAGAAGAAGCCGAAGCCGAACGUCUAAGACUUAUUGCGGAAGAGGAAGAACGCCAGAGACUUGCCGCCAUCGAAGCUGCUAGGAUUAAAGCCGAAGAAGAAGUUGCCCGAAUUAAGGCUGAAGAAGAGGCAGAGGCAGCCAGGAUCAAAGCUGAGGAGGAAGCCGAAGCCGCUCGUGUUAAAGCAGAAGCCGAAGCAGCAGCUGAAGCCGAACGCUUGCAGCUUAUCGAAGAGGAGAAGGAGCGUGAGAGACUUGCCACUAUCGAAGCUGCUAGAAUCAAGGCGGAGGAAGAGGAGGCUGCUCGCGUUAAAGCAGAACAGGAAGCUGAAGCCGCCCGUCUCAAGGCAGAGGAGGAGGCCGAAGCCGAACGCUUAAGGCUCGUCGCAGAAGAGCAGGAGCACGAGAGACUUGCUGUCAUCGAAGCUGCGAGAGUUAAAGCUGAAGAGGAAGAAGCCGCCCGUGUUAAGGCCGAAGAAGAGGCAGAGGCUGCCAGGAUCAAAGCUGAGGAGGAAGCUGAAGCUGCUCGCAUCAAAGCAGAAGCCGAAGCCGAAGCCGAACGCCUACGACUUAUCGAAGAGGAACAGGAGCGUGAGAGAAUCGCUGCUAUAGAGGCGACCCGCAUUCAGGCCGAGGAAGAGGAGACUGAACGCCUUCGACUGAUCCAAGAGAAAGAGGAACAGGAACGACAGGCAGAAGCCGAAAGGUUCGCCGCUGCUGAGGCUUCACUAAUUCAGAUGGAGGAGUUAGAACAGGCUGGGCGUACCAAGGCUGUUAUUGAACAAAACGUUACUGAGGAGGCUUCUAAUAUUGAGCAACACAAGGAAACGAUCACUCGAAAUGAUCAAGGUAAAAAUAUUGAGGCGGAAGUGGUCGAGCCAGGUAUAUUUGUCGAUAAAUCGAGUGGAGAAACUAUUAUCCCCGAGGAUUCUGAUUCGAACGCUGGUCUCAUUGCUGCUUCUGUGCUUGCGGGCGGUGCUGCUCUUGGUGGCGGUGCUGCAAUCAUUGCUCUUGCUUCCAAAGACAGGCCAUCUUCAGGGGCCGAUACCAAAGCACCUAUUGAUGGUGGUAAGCAAGGAGCGUUGGCUCAAGAUGAUGAGGUGAUCAUCGAACCGGCCCCUCAGGCUGGUUCAGGGCCAGUUCAUGGAAUUAUCAUUCCAGAAUCGAGCGUCAAGCAAGCUGUGAAGGAUGCGGAUACCCCAGUGGCUCCAGCGAUUGUCAUUUCAUCUCCUCCAACUUCACCCACUGUAGAAACGCAUCAAGAUGCAGAUGAUCGUACUGUAGAGCUUAUUAAGCCUACCCCCGGCGUUUCAAUUGACACGCCGACGGCCAGCACAAGUGAGCGAGAAGCAGAAAACACCCCCGAAGGUGUUAGGCAAAGGCUUGCCGAAUCCAACGCACGUAGCCGGCCCGGCAGCAGUGGCAAUGACACACUCUCAACUAAGCAUCAGCGGAAUGUUAUGCAAGCGUUCUGGAAUAUGAUGCUUUUCGGGUGGCUUGGUAGCCUUGGUGGUUUAUUCGGGUUUGGAAGACAGAAGAAACAAAAGCCUAGCAAGGCGGCGACUAAGGCGACGACUUCUUAA